CGCUCUGUGAGCGGGUCCCGUGGGAUGAAGCUGGGUUUCUCAGGUUGAUGGAUCGGAGAGUGUGUGUCUCGGUCGGCGGCGCUCCUGUAAAUCCAAGGGCAAAUGAGAUCCCACGAAGUGUGAUUUCAGCUUGAGCCAAGGAAAGCACGGAGGAGCCCCGGAGCUUCCUCUCUUUCGAUUGUUGGAAAUGGGCGGUUUCGGUCUCUUGCGUGUGAGACGCUGAACAGCUUGCCUGUUUUGAAGGCUUUUCCUUCUGCACCGCGGCUCAUGCUGAAGUGAUAGAAACCAUCUUCUAAAAGAAGCAGAGAUACUACACAAAGCCAGGUUUAGUUACAUUCUGCCAAUUUUGGGAAUUUGCAACGAGCCUGAAUUUCUGGGGAUAGUAACAGAAUACAUGACAAACGGGUCAUUAAACCAGCUUUUACAUGGGAAAGAUCUAUAUCCUGACAUUCCCUGGUGCCUGAGAUUCCGCAUUCUUUAUGAAAUUGCUUUGGGAGUAAACUAUUUGCACAACAUGAAUCCUCCAUUGCUGCACCAUGACUUGAAAACCCAGAAUAUUUUGCUGGAUGAUGAGUUCCAUGUCAAGAUUGCAGAUUUUGGCAUGUCAAAAUGGCGUGUCAUAUCCAUGUCACAAUCACGAAGUGAAACCUCUUUACCAGAAGGAGGGACAAUUAUCUAUAUGCCACCUGAAGAUUACAAUCCCAGUCAGAAAACCCGUGCAAGUGUAAAACACGAUAUCUACAGCUAUGCAAUUAUUAUGUGGGAAGUGAUGUCAAGGAAACAGCCAUUUGAAGAAGUUAUAAACCCCUUGCAGAUAAUGUAUAGUGUGUCUCAAGGACAGCGACUAGACUUAAGUGAAGAAAGUUUAUCAAUGGACAUUCCUCAUCGAGUGAUCAUCAUAAAAUUGAUAGAAAGUGGAUGGGCACAAAACCCAGAUGAAAGACCAUCAUUCUUAAAAUGCUUAAUAGACCUUGAGCCAGUGCUUCGAACAUUUGAUGAAAUAGCUAUGCUGGAAGCAGUAAUUCUGUUAAAGAGAUCAAAAUCACUAUAUGAAUCACGAUGUAUUUACAAGAGUGGAAAGCAAGCAGAUGCGGAGCAGAUAUCACUAAAUAUACCUCUGAAUCCCCAUGAGGAAACGUAUUCUGGCUCCACUCAAUGUGAUGCACUUCCCCUUCGAAGCAUCUCUCCAGAUAUAUCAAGACUCAAAUCUGUUCCCAUGUGUAAUAUCCUCUCAUCAGAUGGAAGUUUUGGUGGUCUACAGUCUCUCAGCAGUCAGAGCACAGAUGAAAAUAUCUCUGUAACUCAGAGUGCCAAACUUCUUGUGCAUCCAUACAGUUGUUCUCCUUCAUCUGACAAGAGUAUUUCAGACGCCACAAAUCCUGCAUCAUGUAUGCUGCGGUCAUCGCCAGUUCCUUCAGCUUUUGUUUUGGAAACCAUACAACAGAAUGUAGCUCAUCAAUGGAUCCAAAGCAAAAGAGAAGAAAUUAUUGAUCAGAUGACUGAAGCGUGUUUGAAUCAGUCACUGGAUGCUCUUCUAGCAAGAUUUUUACUCAUGAAAGAAGACUAUGAACUUAUAAGCACCAAACCUACAAGGACAUCAAAAGUACGACAGCUGCUUGAUACCUCAGAUAGCCAAGGAGAGGAAUUUGCCAGAAUUAUAAUACAAAAGUUGAAAGAUAACAAACAGCUAGGACUUCAACCUUAUCCAGACAUUGUUCCCAAUUCUCUAAGACUGCAUCUUUAAAUUUAUUUUCUAUAUGAAACCAUGUGAAUAUUUCUUACGUGAUUCUUGUUUCUGUAUAGUAGUUUUAUAUAUGUACUGCUUUGUCUUUACUGUGCCUUUGUAGAGUCUCAGAAAUGACACUGAGUUCAUCUAGACUGCAUUUGGUGGGUUACCAAUUCAUUAGUUGGAGUGCAGCCAUAAUGCCAAACACUAGACACUUGCUGACUCAGUUCAUAAAAAUAUUUUGUUUACACAUGACACAGAAAAAAACCACAUUAAAUGUUCCUUGGUUUACAUAUGUUCUGUUUAUAGAUAUCCUUCCUUUCAUCUCACAGGAUUGAGAUGACCCAACUCAACCUGGAGUAUUGGUUUUUCUCCCUGCACCUUGUCUUUCCAAAAGAGGAGACAAA